UUACAGUUGUCACAUAUCAUCACAUUGAAUUGAAUAUACCAGUACCAGCCAUUAUUUGCGAAUCUGAAUUUUACAAUUUUUGAUGUUAAAAUUUUAUAUAAAGGCUUUCGACAUGCAUUUUCAAUAUGUGAUAAUAACUUUCACGUUCACAUGCAUCGUUUUCACAUCCGCCCAAUCAUAUGAGGAUAAGCGAUGUAUGUGCGUGUGCCCGAGCCCAGCAGCCGUUCUCAAUAAUACAGCAGGAUCGGACCGCAAACUCUACAUUGGAAAUGUACCACCAAACAAAUGCAAUUGUGAUGGUGUUAUCCUGCCUCGAGUUGGAGAAAUAAUAAAAGGGAGAGAACAAGAGUUUUGUCCGCGCUGUGAAUGCAAGUAUGAAAAUAGGAAUACAACAAUUAUAAAGGUUGUAGUAAUUAUUGUUAUCUGGGUAAUAAUGUUGUUGGUGGUGUACAUGGGAUUCUUGAUCUGCCUUGAUCCACUCAUCAAUAAGAGAGCUAAGGCAUCUUAUCAAGAGCACACAAAUGAAGAUGAUGAAAGCACUAUCAGUGGCCCUUCACAGCAACUUGGUGUAAGAGGCAAUGUCUUGAACCGUGUCACUCAUCAGCAGGACAAGUGGAAGAGGCAGGUCCGUGAGCAACGCCGUAACAUCUAUGAUAGACACACAAUGCUCAACUAGCAUUCAAUAAAACUGUGCCGAGUAUUGUAUAUCAGGCCAAACUAUUAAUUGUCACCAUUUAUGUAGCAGCCUCUAUAAGAUUGAAAGGUAAUUUAGCAAUAAGAAUAGCCGAGUAGUCAUCACAGAAAAAGAUCUUGAAAGUCGAAAGUUUUAAUGUUUGCCUCAACAUAUGUCACAAGCUUUUAAUCUACACUUUUAAUAAUCAUACUAUCACAAUGUAUCCUUAGAAGUUAAAAAUAAAUAUUUUUUAAAAGUAUACAAUAACCAAUCAUGUAGAUGCCUUAGAGCAAAAACGCUCAACCCGUAAUGUGUUUUAAAUGGUCCGUAAGAGUAUUAAAACUACAAAGACUAUAGUAUUAAUAAACAAGAUAAAUAAAUUUAAAUAAUUUUUUAGCACAUUAAAUAUUGUAAUUUAUUAUGCACUGACUAUUUUAAGCAUAGCUAUUUACUAAAUCUAUAGGACAAUUCACAAUGUAAUGACUAAAAUUGACUUUAUCACUCAUUUGCUGUACAAUGUUGUUAAUAAUUUAAUAUACACAUGGCUAAUUUUUCAAUAAUUAUGUUCAAGCAUAACAAAGAGUUCAAUUUAUUUAUUAAUUUAUCAAUUACAAUGUUAACACAUCAGAGACAGUUUAGUAAAUUUAUUAAUUAAAAUGCUUACACAUCACAGACGGUUUAAUUAUUUUGUCAAAUAAUGUGUUCAUGUAUCAGACUGUUUUUGGGUACCUAUUACUGUUAUAUAUUAUUGCGGAACAUGUUUAGUUUUCACUAUACAUUUCUAAUAUUAAAGUGAUUGUUUUAGCCGAGUUGUUGGAAAUAUAUAUAUCGACGGGUGAACGGCUAUUUGUUUCAACCGACAUUUUAGGCUAUAAUGACUUACAUGUAAUAUAUGCAGAAUAGGUGAUUUUUUCUGCGUCGUUAUAAACAAUGAAGUAUGCAGAAUUAUAAUAAUUUUAAUCUAAAAUCAGUUGGAAAAUCUUACAAUUUAAAUUAUCGUUAGAAUCUGUUUUUAUGCUUUUUCUCUAUAAACUUUAAAUGGCUUCCCUGAACAUUAAACCUAAUGGCGCUUAAAACAAAUAGCCCUUCACCCAUCGAUAUAGUCAGCUGUAUUAACCUAUUAACUGAGGUGUUCUCAUUUAAUUUAUUCAACAAGUACCUGGCAUGUAUACAUGUGAAGUUUCAGAAACUUGUAUAGAUCUACAAUUUCAAAAUUACAUAGGUAUUCGUCAUUAGCACAUUGAAUCUGAAUCUAAUGGACAAAUAUGUGUUGUGCAUACAUUUUUCAAACCGAAGGCAUACAGUUCCCGAAGUAUUAUAAUCGUUUAUGUUACUGGUGCGGACUGUCCAAUAUGUUACCAAUAUAAUGGAAAGUACAUCAAAAUAUAUAAUAACCAUUCAAUUUAAAUUAUUGUAAUAUGAUAGUAUGUAGUCUAUAGUAUUGAAUGCAUUGUCAAACCAAAAUUCUAAAGCAAAUGACUCAAAAGGUUGCUAUUUAACCUUAUAUUCAAUAUAAAAAUAGUAAUAUAUAAUACAUUAGAUGCCUUAUUAAUUGCUUAAUGAAUACUUAUAUUGAAAGCAAGUAGAAUAAUGUGUAAAUUGAAGCUAAAUCAAAUAAUAGUAGUAAUUAGCCAUAACAGACUAUCAACUGCGAGAUCAUGUUUGUAUUUUGAGCAUAGUAUUUUGUUAUGUCUAUAUUUAUUGAAAUAAAAACUGUAUGUGUAAUCUCUCUAUACUUUGCCAUGAAUUAUAGUUGAAUAGAAACUCAACGCUUUUAUAAGUUUAGUAAAUGACUAUGUUUUUUCGUUUAUUGAAGACUUAAAAUUAUAUUCGCAUUUUAUUGUAGAAAAUUGAAAAAAUUGCUGUACUUUUAUUAGCUUUACUCGUUGAUAAUGUAGCUUUAUAAUGGUGAAAUAUUUUUUUAAAUCGGCCUAGUAGUUUUUUGAGUUAUUUCAAUACAUACACAAAUACAAAUCUUGCCUCUUUAUAACAUUAAUAUACAUUAAACCUUUUGAUUAUUCUCUACCAACUAUUAUAACCUUUUAAUUUUUAAUUCUAUUCAACCAGAAUUGAUGAAUCUGAAUUAGAUUUUACUUUUUGUGCAAAAUUCAAAUACAUAAUGGCAAUAUUACACUAUGGUUUUAGAAAAAAGUUAAUAUCAAGUUUUAGCUCCGCUUUUCAAUAGAUUCUUUAUUAUUUUUUAAGGUUGCUACAAUUCUUUAGUAAUAAGUGCUAUUUA